GAGCUUUCAGUUCCCCUUUUUCCCUGCUAUGAAUUGCUUCGAGCCUCUCACUUGCAGCACUCACCCCAUCCCUGUGCUGCAGGCACUGACACCAGCCCAGCUCUGCUAAACCCCAUCCAGCCGCUCCUGGGAGACUUGCAAGCAGCAUUGGAGGUGCUGCCGUGAGCCGGAGCCGAGCAGCAGCAGCACUCUGCAGGAUGGGGAACUCCAAGUGCCGACGCCUCCAGCUUCUGUAGCAGCGCUCGUGGCAGGGCCGGCACUGCCCCAGGCUGACGUCAGGCUGCAGAGGGACACAGCCGUCAGCACCGCAGCUUCCAACCCUGUCCAUCCAGCACUGAAGGAGAGGACGAGCCCGGAUAUCCCCGAGCUGCAGGAGACACCGUUCUGAUGGAAAGUCCAUUGCCAGCUGGGAAAAUGCAGAGGAUAUUCAAAAGAGCCUCAAAAAUAAGUCAGCAAACCUGGGCUCUCUUAUGGAAAAACAUUCUGCUGGUGUGGAGGAAGAAAACAGAAAGUUUCCAGGAAUGGAUUACCUCUGCGAUUCUUCUCUUAAUAAUACAAGUAUCAUCAAAUGCCAUCUACCACUAUGAGCUGCAAGAAAUCCCUUACAAGUUCCUCGGGCGUUUGGAUGAUACCGUCUUCAACUUUACGGGAACAACACUCCUCUACACUCCUGCGACCAGCACCGCCAAGGAAAUAGUGGGAAGAGCGGCCUCAGGCUCUGUGCUAGAGGGUAUAUCACUAGAAGAGGUGGUAAAUGAGAAAACCCUGGCGGCAAGAGGAGACCUUAAAGAUGAUGCGAUCGGUGUUGUUUUUAAGGAUGACUUCUCCUACCAUCUCAGAUUUCAGCGCUACAGUGUGAUAUCUCCCAAUGAUGCCUUUGAACACAUCGAUACCUGCUAUGAUUUCUCAUCACCCUACUGCAAGAUUCCUUCGUACUGGUAUGGGGGAUUUCUAUCGAUGCAGUCCAGCAUUGAUGCAGCAGUCAUAGAGAUGAAAACAAGCCAUUCUGUCUGGGAAGAGAUGAAAUCAAUUAGCGGCAUCCGUCUGCAAACACCCUUGAUCAAAUUCAUAUAUAAACCAAGUUACAUUUGGUUCACCAUUUACAGCAUACUGUGUUUCUCCCCAUACAUGUACUUUCUAUCAGUGAAAGUUAUCAGAGAGAAAAAGAAGCUCAAGGUGUUAAUGAAAGCAAUGGGUUUACAAGACAUCGCCUUCUGGUUGUCCUGGAGCCUGCUGUACACUGUUUACAUCUCAAUAACGUCAGGUCUGCUGACAGAGAUCACGAUUGGAGGAGUCACCCACGACUGCAGCUUUUCAGAAAUAUAUUUCCUUUAUUUUUUCUAUGGCAUGGCAUCGAUUCACUUCUGUUUCAUGCUCAGCUCCUUGUUAAAGCAGCCUAAUAUUACUAGCUUUGUGGGAUUUUUCCUUCACAUCAUCUUCGGUUCACUGGGCUUCAUGACGUUCUUUGAACAAGUGCCACCAUCUUUGGAAUGGGUUUUUAACCUCUUCAGUCCUUACACCUUUACAGCUGGCAUCUCAAAGAUUGUAAAAUUAGAAAAAUAUGGACCAGCUGUUGCAGCAGAGUCAUACCCUUUCUAUAACUUAUACGCGACACUGGUCCUGGACAGUGUUCUGUAUUUGCUGCUGGCCAUCUACUUUGAUAAGGUUUUGCCUGGCAAGUACGGGGUGCCAUACCCCGCCUUGUUCUUCCUGAGGCCGUCAUACUGGCUGCAGCGGGACAGUGAGCACGGCACCCAGCCCGACUCCAUCCCCGUCCCUGGCUGUGACACUGAGCCCAUGCCUGCAGGCUUCGAGGGGAAGGAGGCCAUCAGACUCUUCAAUGUUAGAAAAAUAUACAAGGAGAAGGACAAGAGAACCGAAGCUUUAAGAGGUUUGUCCUUCAACAUUUAUGAAGGUCAGAUCACCGCGUUACUUGGUAACAGCGGGUCUGGAAAAACUGCCCUCCUAAAUGUGCUUGGUGGAUUUUCCAAGCCUUCAGCAGGUUCUGCAGUGAUUUACAACUACAAGGUAUCUGAAGUACAGGACAUGGAAAGAAUUCAGGCAAUGGUUGGGAUUUGCCCGCAAUUCAAUUUGCAUUUUGAAGCCUUAACGGUGAAGGAAAACUUGAGAAUUUUUGCUCACAUCAAGGGGAUUCGAUGGAAAGAAGUAGAGCAAGAGGUGCAGAAAGUCCUGGUACAGUUGGACCUCACCGACCUUCAGGAUGUCCACGCUGAUGCUCUGAGUGGGGGACAAAAAAGAAAACUGUCUCUUGCAAUUGCACUUUUAGGGGAUCCCCAGGUGCUGCUCUUGGAUGAGCCGAUGGUGGGGCUGGAUCCCUACUCCAGGCACCAUGUUUGGGAGCUGUUGGUGGAGCGCCGGGCAGCUGGCCGCGUGACGCUCAUCUGUACGCAGUCUGUGGAAGAGGCCGAUGCUCGUGCCGAUCGGAAAGCUUUCCUUUCAAAUGGGAGAUUACAGUGUGUUGGCUCAUCUCUGUACUUGAAGAGAAAAUGGGGAAUUGGCUAUCACUUAAGGAUGUGCAUAAAUGAUCAGUGUGAUCCUGGGCUUGCAUCGUCCCUGGUCAGGCGGUACAUCCCCAAUGCUGUGUUCAAGGGGCGGGAUGGGGAUGAGCUGUGUUACAUGCUGCCUUUGGAAAACACCAAGAGCUUCCCAGAUCUGCUUGGCCACCUCGACAGCGGCCUCGUGCUGGGGGUUGUUCACUACGAGGUCAGCAGGACAACCCUGGCAGAUGCUCUUCUGAAGCUGGAGGGCAGGGAAGCCAUUGGCCAUAAAGAAAACCCGGAGGACAGGGACCAGAGCUUCCUGGGCUUUUCCGAACCAGCGCACAUAGCAGCAAGCGGCGUGGAGCUGUGGAGGCAGCAGGUCCUCACCGUGGCCAGAGUUCGUUUCUGCAGACUGAGGCACGAUGGAAAGUUUCUCAGGUCCAUAUUGCUGUUCUUUGGAAUAUUUAUCCUCCUCAUGCUCAUGUUUUUCUUUGGUUUUGAACUAUGGAACAACUCCAUCUCAGAACUGACAGCCAGCAAGUAUUUUCUUCCCACUCAGCCUCCCACUCAAACUGACAGCAAGUCAACAAAUCUUCUCAUCUUCAAUGACACAGGAUCAGAAAUUGAGGAUUUCAUUGCUGCUUUGAAGAUUCAAAACAUAAUGCCAGAAAUAACUCUUGAGAAAAACAUCACAUGCCUGCCGCGACAUAAUGGAGCUAUAAAGAUAUCCCUGGAAGGCAAGCACCGCCACUACACGCUCAUGUGCGGCGCAGAGCCCGUCAACUGCUUCCCUGUGCUCCUCAACACCCUCAGCAACACCUUUCUGAGGCUCCUCAACUCCACUGCCCAGAUCCGCAUCUGGAGCCAUCCCUUCUCUAGCGCAGAAAACCCAGAAGUAGUGCAGAAUAUUUUUUUCGCCUGUCUCAGAUACAUGCUGAUCUUGGCUGCUGGUUUGCCUCCUCACUUUGCAAUGAGCAGCAGGGAGGAUUACAAGAUAAAGGCUCGUGCCCAGCUGCGGCUCAUGGGGCUCUUCCCCUCAGCGUACUGGUGUGGCCAGGCACUGGUGGACGUCCCACUCUUCUGGGCCCUGAUGUGCCUCAUGUUCAUGGUUGUGCUGCUCUUCAACCGUGCCUGCCCCAUGCAGGCCAGCACCGUCCUGCCCAUGAUCUUUACCGCCAUUGGUUACGGAGUUUCUCUCGUCUUCCUCGUCUAUUUAAUUGCCUUUGUGUUUCGCACGGGUCGGACCAACCGUUACCUGUGGUCUUUCAUCUUCAUUCUGGUGAACUUCACUCUCAACAUGUUCAGUUAUGGUGAAGAUUUCUUCUACAUCUUCUCCACUUUGAUGCCCCCCUAUUCACUGCUGGGCUGCUUGGCUUUCUCUACAGAAUACCUAUGGUCAUUUCCUGAUAGUAAUCAUCUUCAUGAUACACGGAGUAACGUCUUGGUUGCUGUCUUUGCACCUUACAUCCACGGUGCAUUCUUUGGGUUUCUGCUGCGCUGCUUGGAGAUAGGAUACGGAGAAGCAGUUGCAGAACGUGAUCCCAUCUUCAGGAUCCAGCGGAGCAGAGCCCUCCCCACCAUGAACAGCAACCCACCGAGGGAGGAGCCCCCCGAGGUGCAGGCAGAGCGGGAGCGGGCACGGAGUGCAGCGGUUGCCCUGCAGCCCAAGGAGUCAGUUAUCGUUGUCAACAGUCUGCGCAAGGAGUAUGAAGAGAAGAGAGCCUGUUCCAUCUUUAAGAAAAAGAAGAAAGUUGCCGUCAAAAAUCUUUCAUUCUGUGUUAAAAAAGGAGAGAUAUUGGGUCUGUUAGGACCCAGUGGAGCUGGGAAGAGCACAACUAUACGCAUGAUUUCUGGAGACGUAGCAGUGACUGCUGGGGAGGUGCUGCUGCAGGGCUGCGGGGCCGUGGUGCUGGGCUGCUGCCCGCAGGAGGACCCACUGUGGCCGCACCUCACCGUGCUCCAGCAUCUGGAGGCCUACGCUGCUGUGCGAGGGGUGAGGAGAGAGGAUGCAGCUGUGCUCAUCAGCCGCAUGGCCAAGGCUCUGGACCUCCAGAGGUGCUUAAAUACCCCAGCGAGGAGGCUGUCUGCUGGAGAAGCCAGGAAGCUGUGUUUUGCACUGAGCAUCCUGGGAAACCCAACAGUGAUGCUUUGGGACGAGCCAUCAGUGGGCAUGGACGUGGCAGGGCAGCGCUGUCUGUGGAAAGCGAUCCAGGCCGCUGUGAGGAGCAAGGAGCGCGCAGCCGUGCUCAGCACGCACUGCCUGGAGGAGGCGGCGAUGUGCGACCGCGUGGCCGUGCUGGUGGCGGGGCAGCUGCGGUACAUCGGUUCCCCUGAGGAGCUGAGAAGGAAGUUUGGCAUGAGUUACCACCUGGAAGUCAAACCGAAGGACGUGGGGCAAAGCGAUGCUCUCCAUAGUGAAAUUCUGCGCCUCUUCCCUGGCGCAGCUCGGCAAAAAAGGAUUUCUUCUUUGCUCACCUACAAGGUACCAAUGGAAGAUGCACUACCUCUGUCCCAGGCUUUCUCCAAGCUAGAAGCAGCUAAACAGAGUUUCUGGCUUGAGGAGUACAGCUUGUCUUUGCACACUUUGCAACAGGCAUUCAUGGACUUCAGUGAAGACCUGGAGGAGCCCGACCUGGAGGCAGCAUCUGAAGGGGCCGCAGAGCAGAGGCUGCUCCAGCCCUGAGCCCUGGCAGACACAAAGGAGUAUUUUCAGCACCUUCAGUCAGUGUUACCAGUGUGUUGGAUUGGGGACUGGGACUCAGUUACCUGUGUCACAUCACGUGGAGCUCAGCAGAUGCUCUGCAAAGAAAAGAAAACAAAAUUAUUAUUGUAACAAAUAAAGCCU